AUGCUUCAUAUUCUGCUUGGUCUCAUCGGAGGAGCUGGAGGAGCGGCUGCCUCCUUCCCUGCCCCACGGAGCUGUGUCCCCUGGUCCCUGCGCAGCCCAAUCCUCUGCCCUUCUCCCCUUCCCUCUCCAGCAAGAACACGUGGAGGGGAUCCAGCUGUGCCUGUGGCUCCGGUGCUGGCGUGUCCUGAUGGCUGGGUCGGGUACCACAAUGUCUGCUACUACCUCUCGAGGGACCAGGGGAGCUGGGAGUGGAGCCAGGAGCAGUGCUCCUCGCGUGGGGCCUCACUGGCCGUGCUGAGGAGGGAGUGGGAAAUGGAGUUCCUCUCACGCCUGAAGGGCAACAUCGAUUACUGGAUUGGUCUGCGGAGACGGGGCGAGCACCUGGAGUGGGUGGACGGCAGCAGCUUCAACCAGACGAUCCCAGUGGUGGGCGAAGAACCUUGUCUGUUCUUCAGUGACCGUGAUUUCUGGGGUGCUGGCUGCUCCCAACCACGGCCUUAUCUCUGCAGCAAACCUAUGCUCCAGUGAGAACCACUCGACAGAAGUGGUGGAGAAAGUCCAUGGUGGGGACUCACAGCUUCCCCUCUUCCAGCAGCACAGAGUGGAGCAGGGAUGUCCUUCCCUCAGCUGCUGCUCUGGUUGCUCCUGGUCUCAGCAGAAACUCGCUGCCAGCUCUCAGAUGAACCUGCGGGUCGGGAGCUGUGGUGGGAGCUGCCAUGUGCCUGCCUGUGCUGGGACUUCAACCAUGGAACUGGUUUCUUUCUCCUCCUGGGACUAUUGCAGAACUCUUCUUGUUUGUGCCACAAGUGCCUCACUAGUGUGAGGUAGAACAGAACCAACUUUCUCUUCAGUCAUUUUAUUUCUUAUCUAAUCUUCUGAAAUUACCAGAAUAUUUUGUAAGAAUUAACAGGUUUUUUCUUAGAGAGGUAGGACCAAUGUUGAUAGUUCCUGCCAAGGAAUGGGGUGCAGAGAGGCUCUUGCUUCUAUUUACUGCUCUAACAACCAAGGUAACUCUGUUAUUUGCCCCACUGGAGGGUUAGAAGCAGAAAAGCAUAGAGGUGUUGCUACUGUGAGGAGGAGCAGGCAGGAUGGGGGCCCCAAAAGUGACCACGGGGUGUUCCAUCCCAUCUGCCCCACGCUCAGUGUGAAAGGUGAGGGAUCAAAGGGUCAGCUCUUUCUUCAAUGGCUGGCAUCUGAGGAGGGCCCUGUCUGUUCGGCUGUCUUCGAUCCAGGUCCCUGUGUUCCUUGCUGAAUCCACUCUGGGACUUCCCUAAUGCUUUCAGUGAGGUCUUCCUGGGAGCUUGGUAUAGAUUGUAUCUAUUCAUUAUUUUCAUUGAAGUAGUUGCUUCUAAGCUCAUAGCUCUCUCCUCCUAUAUGUAUAUAUACAUUGUGUAUAGCCCCUGUGAAGAAAAAUGUGGGAACUCAGACCGAGGUCCCCAGCAAAGACGUGGCCGUUCAGGGCAGGGCCCUGGCUGCACCGAAUGCCUGAGCCUGGCUGUGGUACCACAGGGACCCAGGGACACCCAUUGUGUGCGGUGUGAGCAGAUAAACGACCUGCUCAGGCAGGUGGUGGAACUGAGAGAAGAGAUGGAAAGGUUAAGAAGCAUUAGAGAAUACGAAAGUGAAAUAGACUGGUGGAGCCAUACCCUGGGGCAAAGGCAGCAAGAAGAGGCUCUAAUAAAAGUAGAUGAUCCCCUCCUGCUCUGUCACCAGGCGGAGAAAGGGGACUUAAUGGCAAGGGGGGAAUGGGAGGCUGGUCCUUCCUCAGAGAGGCAAGCAGAACCCUCAACAGCCUCCCUCACAUUCCCAGUUACAUUUGCAAAAUAGGUUUGGAGUUCUGGAUUUUGGGGAUGAGGCAAAUGAGACUGGAGAGGAUGAUCUCCCCAGUGAGGCACCCUGGACGGGUCACCCACCCAUGUGCCUCAGGACCUCAUCAACAAAGAAAAAAUGGAGGGUGAUUGUAAUAGGUGACUCCCUUCUCAGUGGAACAGAGGGCCCAAUCUGUUGGCCAGACCCAUCCCACAGGGAAGUCACCUGCCUCCCUGGGCCAGGACCAAGGAUAUACAAAGAAAAAUCCACUCCCUGGUUCAGCCCUCAGAUUAUUACCCACUUCUGAUAUUUCAAGUGGGCAACGAUGAGGUGACUACCAGAAGCCUUAAGGCAAUGAAAAGGGAUUUCAGAACUCUGGGACGACUGGUCAAGGGGUCAGGAGCACAGGUGGUGUUCUCUUCUGCCACCAGACAUAGGGGUGGACGAAGGGAUAAGUAGGAAGAAACAACAAAUCAACUCAUGGUUAAAAGACUGGAGUAAACGGCAGGACUUUGGAUUCUUUGAGCACAGGCUGAUCUACAGGUCAUCAGGCAUGCUUGCAGCAGGUGGGGGAAGCCUAACCCAAAGGGGAAAAAGGAUAUUGGGACAGGAGUUAGCAGGGCUCAUUGCAGGGGGACGGGGUUGGAACCAGGGUUACUAAAGUGGUGCCCGGGAGCAGCGCGCCAGGGCUAUUAGGUAAAGGUGCCAGCCCUUCCAGAAAAAUAGUGGGACGGUUAGCCCAGCUGAAGUGCAUCUACAUGAAUGCACGCAGCACGGGCAACAAACAGGAGGAGCUGGAGGCCAUCAUGCAGCAAGAAAACUACGAUCUAGUUGCCAUCACAGAAACGCGGUGGGAGGACUCGCAUCACUGGAGUGCUGUGAUCGAUGGCUACCAACUUUUCAGAAGGGACAGGCAAGGAAAGAGAGGUGGUGGGGUGGCCCUUCUUGUUAAGAACAGUAUUAUAUGCCUAGAACUCAGCAAUAUGCACGAUGACAGUGUUGAGUGUCUAUGGAUAAGAAUCAAGGGGAAGACCAAUAAGGCAGAUGUUGUGGUGGGAGUUUGUUAUAGACCCCCAAACCAGGAUAUAAAGACUGAUGAAGUAUUCUAUAGGCAGCUGACAGAGGCCUCACAAUCCCUCUCCCUUGUACUCAUGGGGGACUUCAACUUCCCUGAUAUCUGCUGGCAAUAUAACACAGCAGAGAGGCAACAGUCCUGGAGAUUCUUGGAGUGCGUGGAAGACAACUUCCUAACGCAGCUGGUGAGGGAACCGACCAGGGAAAGUGCCCUACUGGACCUGCUGAUAGUUAACUCAGAAGGUCUUGUGGGGGAUGUAAACGUUGGAGGCCAUCUUGGACAGAGUGAUCACAAAAUGAUAAAAUUCUCAAUUCUUGCUGAAGCAAGGCGGGGGGCCAGCAAGGCUGCCACCUUGGACUGCCGAAGGGCAGACUUUGGCCUCUUCAGGAGCAUGAUUGGGGGUGUCCCUUGGGAGAUGGUCCUCGAGGGCAAGGGUGCCCAGGAAGGCUGGUCGUACUUCAAGGAGGCACUCUUAAAGGUGCAGGAAAGAGCCAUACCCAAGUCCCAAAAAGCAAGCAGGAAGGGAAGAAGACUAGCCUGGCGCUAAGUAGAGAGCUUUGGCUGGAACUCAGGAACA